UCAGAGCAGGAAGAUGGCGGCGCGGCGGGCCGGUCUGCUCUGCCUGCCUGCGGCCCUGCUGCUGCUGUGGGCGGGAGGCCGCGCUCGGGCUGCAGGAGUCGUGCCCGCCAGCUCUUCCGAGGCCUUUGACUCCGUGUUGGGCAACACGGCUUCCUGCCACCGCGCCUGCCAGCUGACCUACUCCCUGCACACCUAUCCCAAGGAAGAGGAACUGUAUGCGUGCCAGCGAGGCUGCAGACUGUUUUCCAUUUGUCAGUUUGUGGAUGAUGGCAUCGAUCUGAAUCGAACCAAACUGGAAUGUGAUUCUGCCUGUACUGAGGCGUACUCCCAGUCUGAUGAACAAUAUGCUUGCCAUCUUGGAUGCCAGAACCAAUUGCCAUUUGCUGAGUUAAGACAAGAGCAAUUAAUGUCCCUGAUGCCAAGAAUUCAUCUCCUCUUUCCUCUGACGCUGGUGAGAUCCUUCUGGAGUGAUGUGAUGGAUUCAGCUCAGAGCUUCAUAACAUCCUCAUGGACGUUCUACCUUCAAGCAGAUGAUGGCAAAAUUGUCAUAUUCCAGUCGAGGCCAGAAGUGCAGUAUGUUCCACAGCUUGAUCAGGAGACUGAAGGUACAAGAGGAUCCUUGUCCCUGAGUAAAACAGCUUCAGACCCACAGCCAGGAAGCUCGCAGACGUACCGAGGACUAUUUGAAGAGCAAGGCAAUGAGAGCUUUUUCAAGUGUCUUUCCAUAAAUUCCAGUUGGAUUUUAACCACUACACUUGUCCUGUCGGUGCUGGUGCUGCUCUGGAUUUGUUGUGCAACUGUAGCUACAGCUGUAGAGCAGUAUGUUCCAUCUGAGAAACUGAGCAUCUAUGGAGAUCUGGAAUACAUGAAUGAACAAAAACUGAACAGAUAUCCAUCCUCUGCACUUGUUGUGGUUAGAUGCAAGACUGAGGAACAUGAAGAAGCAGGACCUCUUCCUACAAAAGUUAAUCUGGCUCAAUCAGCAAUUUAAAUAAGCCUCCAUUGGAUUGAAUAGACUAAUUCUAACUGUGCUAGCAACUCCUGAUUGUUUGUGGUGGUUCUUCAGAUAAGAAGCUUAGCAGCAAGUCUUUAAAUGCAGAUAAAAUUACAGAAUCAACAGAUGUCAUGGUUUUUUUUUCCCCUCUAGUAGUGAAGAUUCAGACACCUUGAAUUUGUUUCCAGACAUAAUCACUUUCCACUGGUGUUUGCUCUGUGUCUUUUUGCUUACAGAAGCUGUAAGCACGCUUUCCAUGUUUCUGCCAUGACACUUUCAAACUUAUUUGUGUAUUCUAGGAUAUACUGUGUACAUUCAAGAGUUAGCUCUGUAAAGAUAUAAGAAAUUUUAAGUAGGCAGGAGAUGCCUUUUUAGUGUUGCACUUUCUGUUGUAGUUAAGAGAAAAUAUUAUAAAAUUAUCUGCUGUUCUUUUUUUGGGGGGUGGGGGGUACCUGUGAAUGUUCAUGCGCAAACAGCCCUUUCUCCAAGAACAGAAAUCUAUUUUUUCUACCGUGUGGCAAUAUCCAGGAUGGAAAGCAUUUGUGAAGUACUGUAGGCUAGAACUCAGUUUGUGGAAGGUGGAAGAUGUGUUAAAAACAUGUGGGCAUAUGCUUUCACAGACAGAACAUUACAUGGUUAAUUAAAUGUCAGACUGUAGCCUUUACAUCUCAGAUUGCUUGUAAAAUUAGAGCCUGUGUUUUCCGAAGGAAUUCUACUUUCUGUUCUUGAUCAACUGUUCUAGUCUUGUAACUUCAUUUACAGAAACAAGGUGAUUCCUGAGAAAUGAGGACAGGUGAAUAAAAACGACUGUAUAGGAAUUACUGACUGUACAGCCUUUAGCUGUGGUUCGUUAUUGCUUUGCUCCAUCUGAAAGGCUGGCAUUCCUCCCGUUGGCAAUGUGAGCUGAUUUUGCUGUGUGUGAUUCACUAAUACAACACCUAACAGUGUCCUUCACAUUUCUAAUGUAUUUUGUUGCCAUUCUUUUCUUUGAGGAUUUGGCUAUAGCAGAUGUAUGAUUUAUUUUAAGGUCUCUUUGUAAGCAUUUGAUAGAAUGCAUGACGCCCAGCUCAUCAGCAUGGUUUGUUGGUUGUACCAACUCUGGUGAAAGUUUAAAAACAAGCAAACAAACAGCUGUCUUCCAGUUUUGAGUUCUGGUGAAAAUCUGAGAUUCUGGGGAGUGCAGUCCAUCGUUCCCUUUCUGUUAGAUCUGGUUCAGUAGCCAUGGCUGAUGUGGCUGCUGGUUGUGUGAGCUGCAGGUAAUGAUCCGUGCAGGAACGUGGUGGUUGCCUAUACAGUGCUGCUGGAAGUUGUGUCUUAGGUGCACUGAAGCAAAUUUUCUGUCAGUGAAUUAUAAGAGUAUGCAGAGGUUUGUUUUAAACAGGCACAUAUGGGUGUACAGUAACUGUAAUAUGAAGUCUUAACUUAGUAGUACCUCUGGAUGUUAAAUUCUUCAGUGAGCAACACUGCAGCCCUGAAAACUGAGUGUGGGCAGCCAUGGACGUGUACCUUUCUUUGUGUGUUGGUGGCAUUACUAUAAGGCCUCAAACCCUCCUGUUCUGAAAACCAUGUGUGUGUUCAGAAUGCUGUUCCACGGCGUAACAGCAAUGGGAAAUCCCUGCUGUAGUGACUGGGCUGAGGCACACAGCCUCAGAAUGCAGCCCUGUGUCAGUACUGAGUGCCAGCGUUCUGCUGCCGGUGGGAUCAGGUGUGAUGUGUGCAAAUGGCUGUUUAACAACUUGUAAGCAUGGGCUUGGCAAUUGUAGCCCGUGUUCUCAGCAAUACUUUGUUCUGGAAAGCCUUUAGCAAUCCCUUUAAUUCUUGUAAUUGAGUAAGUGACAUAUAGAUGUGUUGGAGUCUGUUAAAAUAUUUGAACUUACUGUUGCAUGUAGUUGCAGAGGGAGUGUUAUGGCUUCACUAAUCCAUGGCUAUUUCUGUGUUUUAAAUAUGUACAUUACAGCCUCUGUUACCUUGAUGAUUUCUUCUCAUAAUCGUGAAACUUUCCCUCCUGUUCCAAAAUGUCUGACUUUAUUGCUUACAUUCCUAGGUUUGAAUUAAACAAACUCUGCUUUCAUUUGGCAUUGUGUCUGCCUACAGGUCCACAACAAAGGGAGAAAACUCAACAAAUAGAUCAAAUAAAAGUUCUGUGUGUUUUGUC